AUGCUGUCCAAGACCCUUCUCGCUGGUGCCCUCUUGGGCAUUUCACUUGCGUCUGGAGUUGCCGCCAAGCCAGUGCCUCCCAAUGCGCCCGUCGUUGAGGACAACAAACCCGAGAUCAUUUACCAGGCGAAACUGUUAGAAAAGGAUAACUCCACUGUUCGUGGUCACUUCACUGCCUGGACCAGCAAUGAAGGCGUUGGCAUCAAGUUCCAUACGGAGGUCUGGGGUCUUCCCAACGGAGAUCUCCACUACCCAUAUCACAUUCACGCAAAGCCUGUGCCAGAAGAUGGUAACUGUUAUGCGACCGGCGCCCAUCUCGACCCCUACAAACGCGGCGAUGAGAUUCCUUGCGAUAUCAACUCUCCCCAGACUUGCCAGGUCGGCGACCUAGCGGGAAAGCAUGGCCCCAUCUUUGCCCCAGAGGAUCAAACCUUUGAGGUCUAUUACUCUGACUACUAUCUAUCGAAUGUGAAGGAUACUACCUCCUUCUUUGGCAACCUUUCCGUUGUUGUUCACGCCCCCGAUAACAAGAGGCUCAACUGUGGAAACUUCGUGCCUCUGGAACUUUCGAAGAGCAACUGA